GGGUCGCGCGCCGUAUCCGCACGGACGUACGUCGCAGCAGCGCGCAUUCACUUUAUCGUUAACAAUAUUCAGCGUUCGUUUUUGUUCAAAUCCUUUUCGUGUGCUCUCUUGACGCGAAGCUAUUUAACAGAUUUUUAUUUUACAAAUUGAUUUAUUUAUUCUUUCAUUAUAAAGUUUUUUGUUGACGAUGACUUAAAAACAGAGCCGGUGACAAGGGUGAUGUGAAUUGUGUUGUGUUGUGAUUGAGAUGUAUUGUGCCUUGUGUAGUUCUGGGUAGAAUGGGGUAUGCGUCGGCUGGCACGGGGCGGGCGGCGCACGAGGCGCUGCUGGCCCGACAGGACGCCGAGCUCCGGCUCAUGGAGACGAUGAAGAGGAGUCUCCAGGCCAAGAUGAAGAGCGACCGGGAAUACGCUCUCGCACUCUCCGCGGCCGCUGCUCAGGGCCAGAAGAUGGACAAAUGCGAGGAACUUAACGGCUCAGUGAUAGCCUCAGCCUGGCGCACCAUGACUGAAGAGUGGGAGAACACGAGCAGGCAGAUCAAAGCCAACGCCGAGGCGCUGGAGGCGCGAGCGCUGGACCGGCUCACCUCGCUCAUGGUGGAGCGGAGGAAGGCCCGCAAGGUCUACCAGGAGGACCACGCUAAGAUAUCCUCGCAGUUUACACAGUUGUCAGAGGAGGUGACGCGGAAGCAGAGCGAGUACCAGAAGUGCCUGGAGUCGUACAAGCAGAUGCGAGCCAAGUUCGAGGAGAACUACCUUAAAUGUCCAACAAGCCGCGGUGGUCGUAAGCUAGACGAGACGCGGGACAAGUACGGCAAAGCGUGUCGGAGACUGCACCGGGCGCACAACGAGUAUGUGCUGCUCCUAGCCGAGGCCACGGAGUGCGAGCGCGCGCUGCGGACGGCCGCGCUACCCGCGCUGCUCGACCUGCAGCGGCGGCAGGGCGAGGCCACCGCCACCUCCUGGAAGAACAUCCUUCUGGAGGUGGUGCAGCGAUCGGACUUCAACACGGACAAGUUCCGGGAGAUCCAGAGCAAGGUGGACUCCACCGUGCAGAACCUCAAGCCCCACGAGGAGUACAAGGAGUUCAUAGAAAAGUACAAAUCACCCCCUUCAACGCCAGUAUCGUUCACGUUCGACGAGAGUCUAGUGGAGGACACGAGCGGCAAGCUGCAGCCCAACCAACUGACAGUGGACAACCUUACCGUGGAGUGGCUUAAGGAGAAGCUGACGGAACUUGAGGGCACACUGCAAGACAACCGCGAGAAACAGGCACAGCUGGUGCCGGAGGCCAACGGAGUCUGCAAGAACAACAACACCAGCCUUACCAACGGCGUCAAUGGGAUCGACAGGCAUUCUCCUCCGCCGAUCCCGGCGACGGCUUCCGAGCCGGUGAAGCUGCUGGAGCUGCGGAUGGCCGAGCGCAAGUGCGCCAAGCAGGCAGAGAUGAUCAGGUCUGCGCUGGCGGAGCUGGGGUGCGAGGAGGCGCCGAGCGGCUGCCCCGACCUGUCGGCCGAGACCGUGGGCGUCGACAGCCUGGACGGCAGCUCGCCCGACCACCAGGAGCGUUCCUCGAUCGGGUCGAAAACGUCCACCGAGGCGCUGCGCCUGCGGCUGCACUCCAUAAUCCCGCCGCGACCCUUCUUCCGGAUGUUCGCGCGCCCCUUCCGGCGCAAGUCCGUGCCCUCCAGCCCGGCCCUCCCCCCCAAAACCUACCGCAGCAGCAGCGAGGGGCCCGCCGACUCGGUGGGCACGCUGGAGGCGGAGCGGUCGCUGGUGGAGCAGGAGUGGUUCCACGGCGUGCUGCCGCGCGAGGAGGUGGUGCGGCUGCUGCGCGCCGACGGCGACUACCUCGUGCGCGAGACCACGCGCAACCACGCCAGGCAACUGGUGCUGUCCGUCUGCUGGGGGCAGCACAAGCACUUCAUCGUGCAGACCACGCCGGAGGGACACUACAGGUUCGAGGGCGCGGCGUUCCCGUCGGUGGCGGAGCUGAUCGCGUGGCAGCGCACCAGCGGCGUGCCCGUCACCGCGCGCUCGGGCGCGCUGCUGCGCCGCGCCGUGCCGCGCGAGACGUGGGAGCUCAACAACGACGACGUGCAGCUGCUCGACAAGAUCGGACGGGGCAACUUCGGCGACGUAUACAAGGCGCGGCUAAAGACGACAGGGCAGGAGGUAGCGGUGAAGACAUGUCGCGUAGCCCUGCCGGAGGAGCAGAAGCGGACCUUCCUGCAGGAGGGAAGAAUCCUCAAGCAGUACCAGCACCCCAACAUCGUGCGGCUCAUCGGCAUCGCCGUGCAGAAGCAGCCCAUCAUGAUAGUCAUGGAGCUAGUCUCGGGCGGUUCCCUGCUGACGUUCCUCCGGCAACGCGCCGGGGUGCUGGGGGCGCGCGCGCUGCUCGCCAUGUGCCGCGACGCCGCCGCCGGCAUGCGCUACCUCGAGUCCAAGAACUGCAUCCACCGUGACCUGGCCGCGAGGAACUGUUUGGUUGGAGAUGACCACGCGGUCAAGAUCUCGGACUUCGGGAUGUCGAGAGAGGAGGAGGAGUAUAUCGUGUCGGGGGGCAUGAAGCAGAUACCCAUCAAGUGGACGGCGCCGGAGGCCUUGAAUUAUGGCAAGUACACGUCCCUGUGCGACGUGUGGAGCUACGGCGUGCUGAUGUGGGAGAUCUUCUCCAAGGGCGAGACGCCCUACGCCGGCAUGACCAACUCGCGCGCCCGCGAGAAGAUCGACUCGGGGUACCGCAUGCCGGCGCCCGAGGGCUGCGGCGAGGACGUGUACGCGCUGAUGCUGCGCUGCUGGGAGUACGAGCCCGACAAGCGGCCGCACUUCCACCAGCUCUACACCGCCAUCGACAACAUCUACAACAGAUAGCCCCGCCCCGCCCCGCCCCGCCCCGCCCGGGCCGUCGAGGGGCUAUGCUAUUCAUGUAUCUAACGAUUACGUAACGCUGCUGGUGCUAAACACUGGACCCCAGAGCAGAUGACUGCACCGCCACGUGACCGUGUCGUUCACAUGUCUAAUGAUUGCGCUGUUGAUGUAUCACUAGCCAGACCACGGAGCAUAUAUUAAACUCUUUAUUGUACAAAAUACAGACCAUAAAUAUGGCACAGAAUAGGCAGUACAAAGGCGAACUUAUUACUUUUAAGGGAUUUCUUCCAGUUAACCUUUGAGUAGAUGAGAGUUGAUUCAAAACGGUAGACAUAUAUUAGCACUGCGCACAAUAGACUAGAGGAAAGUCAAUAAAUUUAUAAAAGAGCGCGAAAAUAAAAUAAAUAAGAAAUAUAUAAGUAGCCUUCGGCCUGACCUACCGUUGGUAUAAAGGACUUGGAGAUCGCACCGUACGACCGUCUAUGCAGUGAAGCGGUGCAGAUAGGUAACAAACGAUCACUAGGAACUAUUUUCCGAAAGUGAUCUUUAGCACUCAAAGCUAAAUACUAGUUAAUUGACCUUUUGUGAACCUCGUGUGAAAACAAUAAAUAAUAAUGGUCAGUUAAGUAAAGUUUGUAUAAUUCAAGGUGAUGCAAAUGACCAAAAUAUUGACAUUGAUUUGAUAUAGUAUUUUCUAUUCGUAUUACCUAUUCAUUUCAUUCAUAGAAAUUAUUCUGAGAUAACCUUGCAAUGUGGAAAGAUAAGUGAAUUUGUAUUUUCAGUUAGAUUGUUUGGAUCAAUUUGUUAACUUAUCCGACAAUUAUAUAGUUUGUAAAAAUUUUGGUAAAAAUGUUUGGUCAAGAAAAAUAUUGAAAGUUUGUAGCAAGAUGUAAUAUUGGCCAGAUUCUAUUGAACCGAGAGUUAGGAAAACCUUAAAUUUACGUUGGUUUGUAAAAAUGAAAUGUAACGUUGUUUUGUUUUGUUUCAAUAAAGUAAGUCGUAAAAAUAAUGUGUGUGUGUGUGUGUGUGUGUUUAGGGUACUUGUUGUUUAGUAUUGUUGGAACGACGCGGAGUGGUGAUCUCUUUCGAAUGGUACUUUCUAGCAAGUAGGAAACGGACAGUAGUCAGUAAAAUGUCUUCAUAUAUAGGACUGGCGACUAUGUUUCAAAUAUAGGUGUAUUAAGACAGUCUUCCGCAUGUAAUACAUAAGUGUUUGAUGGAAUAAAGUGUUUUUUGUAUUAUGUAAUGAUAAUGAGAUUUGUAUUUUUAUUAUGAUAUUGCUGUGUAGUUUCAGUAAAACACUGCACUGUGCUUCCAUUAUUUGCCUUGUAUAUCUUGAUGUUAUAAAACAUGGUUUAUGUCAGUUUAUAUGUUAAGAAAUGAACGGGAGUUCGGUAUGUAAUGUGAUAAGUCGUAUAUUGCUUCCGUGAAAUACUUUAUUUUCUAUAUAUCUUAUGUGUCUUGCCUAGUAUCUUGUGCAUGAAUACGUGAUGAGUUUUUGAAUUUAACGUUUAUGAAACACAAAGUGAGAUGAAUAUUAAUGUAAGUGCUAUAGUAUAUUGCGUUUAAUAUUUUAAUGGUAACAAAUUGACUGUACAUAAUUUUUUUCAUAAUAAAAGUGCCAGAUAAUAUUGGAAA